AUGGAGUGGGCCAGGCAGAAGUACAACGAGCAAUACCACAUCUGGGUGCCCUGGCUCGAGGACCUGUACCUGCGCUACUUCACGCAGGACAACAAGGCGAGCUACGCGACCCGCCAAAACCUCUCCAAGACCAAGACCGCCACCGCGGGACUCGCGCCGCUGCAGCUCGGCGCGCUGCAGGAUGAUGCACACGGUCUCGCCGCGGGACAGCUAGGGCGCGGUGGCCUGCUACAGCCCCUCGGCGACGGCCUGUCGCACGAGGUGGUCAACCGCGCCGAGCGCCGCGGCCGCGACGACCGCGGCCAGUAUGUGCCCUACUCGGUUGAUGCCUCGGGCUUGCUUGGUCGGUGA